CUAUCUAGCCGUGUGACAUCGGCCUGCGGAUAUAAUUAAAUGUUGCAACGGGUGUUCUAAUUUUUGAAAGCGAGUACUCAAAACUACAAUGAAGCCUGAAUACAUGUACCCUUGAAAGGAAAGCUAUCAGGACUGGUUUUCUUUGUGCGACUAUAAACAAAAAGAACUGCAUCAAGAUUAAGGUGCACAUGCUAACAUGUCCUCUGGUCUCUGCAUAAAAACAUCCGUAUAACUGACAGAAAAGAUUCUCUAAAAAGAAUUUGAAGAACUGUCCCCAUAGGGCAAGGCAUGUGGUAUUGGUAUCUCGGCCACAUCACCUUCAUGGAAGACUUUGACUACUCUCGUGAGAUUUAGACAAGAACCCCUCGAUGGUGCUUCUUCUGUCUUGACUGGGAACCCAUGCAGAUACGGCUGACCCUUUGACACGCAGUCGAGGACAACAAACGAUUUACUCCUCAUGAAGGAAGAGGCAAGACAUACUCGUGUCUUUGAGUCUUCACGUUCCAUCACCUCGGACUCACAACUCCAAGAAAUGCAGCUCCCACCAGAGAUGAGUGGUCAGCUCGUGAGAGUGAAGUCGGAACCACCUGAUGUUGCAUGCCUGCCAGAAGAGAGACAGAUACAGCAACAGCGUCACAACGAGUCUCCAUCAGCAGCUGAUGCUUGUGGAGUUACGGCUGGGAUGUGUCGCAUUAAAGAAGAACCUCGAGAGGAAUCUUCCAAUGAACAUCCAAUCAUAGAAGUGAAGACAGAGCCGUAUAACGUUGCCGUCUUGAAGGAAGAGGACCAGAUGGGACACAACUCCGAUUCAACAUCGGAAGGAGUUAUGGCUGGGAUGUGUCGCAUUAAAGAAGAACUUCGAGAGGAAUCUUCGAAUGAACAUCCAAUCAUGGAAGUGAAGACAGAGCCUUAUAACGUUGCCGUCUUGAAGGAAGAGGACCAGAUAGGACACAACUCCGAUUCAACAUCGGAAGAUGCAAGAGACAGCACUGAUACGCUUCAUAUUAAGGACAAGCCCAGACGCACUUGUGAACAAGAAUACUCAGGUUACCCUUCUUCGAGUGCACAGUUCAAGAUCAGCACAACAACAGUCGAAUUGCAGCCCGACGGCACUGUUGUAGUCACCAUGAAUGACCAACCCGCUGAGCGACAUCGGGACCAGAGCAAGCCACGGGCACUUGCAUGCAUGUCAAAAUCCAGCCUCGAAUGCCACAGGUUUGCACACUGUCACAACGAGUCUGAAAAGUGUUCCACUACUCCUCCAUCGGAUGUUCAGAUGGGAGGGAUGGGUUCUGGGUGCAACACCUGUCCCUGUGCAUUCUCGUGGUCUGAAGGAGACGAGAACCACAUGGCAUCAGAGUUCAGCAUGAGCUGGAACCUACAGCAGCACAACAGGACAUAUUUAUCCAAGAAGCCAUACAAGUGCGAUGUCUGCCCUGCGGAGUUCACCCGGAAUGCUCACCUGGAGCAGCACAAGCGGACACACACAGGCGAUAUGCCAUACAAGUGUGAUGUCUGCCCUGCUGAGUUCAGCCAGCGCGGGAACCUACAGCGUCACCAGUGCAUACACACAGGCGAGAAGCCAUACAUGUGCAAUGUCUGCCAUGCAGAGUUCAGCCUGAUUGGGCACCUACAGCGUCAUAAGCAGAGGCACACGGGUGAGAAGCCAUACAACUGCAAUGUCUGCCCUGCGGAGUUUAACCGAAGUGAGCUACUACAGCAGCAUAAGCGGACACAAACUGGCGAGAAGCCAUACAAGUGCGAUGUCUGCCAUGCAGAGUUUAGCCAGAGUGGUAACCUACAGCAGCACAUGCUGACGCACACGGGCGAGAAGCCGUACAAGUGCGAUGUCUGCCAUGCAGAGUUUAGCCAGAGCGGUAACCUACAGCAGCACAUGCUGACGCACACGGGCGAGAAGCCAUACAAGUGCGAUGUCGGCCACGCAGAGUUCAGUCGCAGCAGGAGCCUACAGCAGCACAAGCGGACACACACGGGCGAGAAGCCAUACAAGUGCGAUAUCUGCCCUGCAGUGUGCAGCAAGGGCGCGGACCUACAGAAGUACAUGCGGACACACACGGGCAAGAAGCCAUACAGGUGCGAUAUCUGCCCUGCAGUGUUCAGACAGUGCUCAACCUUGUCACGUCACAAGCGGACACACACGGGCGAGAAGCCAUACAAGUGCGAUGUCUGCCAUGCAGAGUUCAGCGUGAGAGGGAACCUACAGCAGCACAAGCGAACACACACGGGUGAGAAGCCAUUCAAGUGUGAUUCCUGCAAUGCAGAGUUCAGCCACAACGGGAACCUACAGCAGCACAAGCGGACACACACAGGCGAGAAGCCAUACAAAUGUGAUGUCUGCCCUGCGCAGUUCGGCAGGGGCGGAACCCUGCAGCAUCACAAGCGGACACACACGGGCGAGAAGCCAUACAGGUGCGAUGUCUGCCUUGCAGAGUUUAGCCAGAGCGGUAACCUACAGCGGCACAUGCUGACGCACACGGGCGAGAAGCCAUACAAGUGCGAUGUCUGCCAUGCAGAGUUCAGCCUCAGAGGGAACCUGCAGCAGCACAAGCGGACACACAUGGGCGAGAAGCCAUACAAGUGCCAUAUCUGCCCUGUGGUGUGCAGCAGGGGCGCGGACCUACAGAAGCACAUGCGGACACACACGGGCAAGAAGCCAUACAGGUGCGAUAUCUGCCCUGCAGUGUUCAGACAGCGCUCAACCUUGUCACGUCACAAGCGGACACACACGGGCGAGAAGCCAUACAAAUGUGAUGUCUGCCCUGCGCAGUUCAGCAGGGGCGGAACCCUGCAGCAUCACAAGCGGACACACACGGGCGAGAAGCCAUACAGGUGCGAUGUCUGCCUUGCAGAGUUUAGCCAGAGCGGUAACCUACAGCGGCACAUGCUGACGCACACGGGCGAGAAGCCAUACAAGUGUGAUGUCUGCCAUGCAGAGUUCAGCCUCAGAGGGAACCUACAGCAGCACAAGCGGACACACAUGGGCGAGAAGCCAUACAAGUGCCAUAUCUGCCCUGUGGUGUGCAGCAGGGGCGCGGACCUACAGAAGCACAUGCGGACACACACGGGCAAGAAGUACAGGUGCGAUAUCUGCCCUGCAAUGUUCAGACAGCGCUCAACCUUGUCACGUCACAAGCGGACACACACGGGCGAGAAGCCAUACAAGUGCGAUGUCUGCCAUGCAGAGUUCAGCCUGAGAGGGAACCUACAGCAACACAAGCGGACACACAUGGGUGAGAAGCCAUACAAGUGCGAUGUCUGCCAUGCAGAGUUCAGCCUCAGAGGGAACCUACAGCAGCACAAGCUGACACACACGGGUGAGAAGCCAUUCAAGUGCGAUUCCUGCAACGCAGAGUUCAGCCAGAAAGGGAACCUACAGCAGCACAAGCGGACACACAGGCGAUAAGCCAUACAAAUGUGAUGUCUGCCCUGCGCAGUUCAGCAGGGGCGGAACCCUGCAGCAUCACAAGUGGAGACACACGGGCGAGAAGCCAUACAAGUGCAAUGUCUGCCACGCAGAGUUCAGCCAGACCUGGGCCCUACAGCAGCACAA